AUUCUAGAAAGGUCUUUUUACCGUCUUGAUAAAACCUUUUGCUUUCGUUCGGCUAAGUGUUCUAGGGUUUUAUCCGCUUUGCUCUAGAGACUUGACAGCCCCACCGUAUUUCAGAAGCUCAUCUUUCUGUUAUCUUUGUUAGUCUCGUCCAUUGAGCAGAUUGUAGAAAUGGCAACAGCUCAGCUUACCGCAUCCUCAAUUUCGGGAAGGAGCUUGCCAGCAUUCGAAGGGCUUAGACCUGCGUCGGUUAAGUUUGGUCCGGCAGGACAUGUGACGUUACCGGGUGUCAAUCAGAGGUCUUUCAGGGGUCUGGUAGUGAAAGCUGCCACUGUGGUCGCGCCAAAGUAUACUUCAAUUAAGCCUUUGGGUGACAGAGUGCUUGUGAAGAUCAAAACUGCUGAAGAUAAAACUGAUGGUGGGAUAUUACUUCCAACCACAGCUCAAACAAAGCCUCAAGGUGGUGAGGUGGUUGCUGUUGGAGAGGGCAAGACAAUUGGGAAGGCAAAAGUGGAUAUUAGUGUGAAGACUGGCACCCAAAUUGUGUAUUCCAAGUACGCAGGGACUGAACUGGAGUACAAUGGUGCAAAGCAUCUCAUACUAAAGGAUGAUGACAUAGUUGGUAUUCUUGAAACAGAUGAUGUCAAGGAUCUCAAGCCCCUGAACGACCGAGUCUUAAUUAAGGUUGCUGAGGCUGAGGAAAAGACAGCAGGAGGUCUGUUGCUGACUGAGGCAACCAAGGAGAAGCCCUCCAUCGGGACGGUAAUUGCGGUGGGUCCUGGUCCUGUUGAUGAGGAAGGAAACAGGAAACCUUUGUCCAUCGCCCCAGGAAAUACAGUUUUGUACUCCAAGUACGCUGGGAAUGACUUCAAGGGCAAAGAUGGUGACUACAUUGCUCUAAGGGUUUCGGAUGUUAUAGCUGUACUCUCGUAGUCGUCUGAUUAGUGUUGAAUUUUUCCGGAUCUAAAUCUGGACCUUCGGUUGUGAUGAGAUGAAUCUAUAUUUGCGUUUUGGAUAAUACAAAGGUUCUUUCGUAAAAAUUGGGUUUAACUAAGUUGAAAAAAAAAAAAAAAAGAGAAGUGAAAGUUUGUGAGUCAGCGAAAAAGAAAUCUAAAUGAACGUAACAUUUGUUUCAAAUUAACUGACAAAUAAUAUGAUUUGAAUGUUGCAAGUA